GGUUACCUGACUGAGCAGCUGUGUGGGGUGUUCAGUGGGAGGUACCAGGAGAUGAGGAGACAGAGGAUAAGAGUGACGCUAGAGUCACGGAAACUGCCGGUCCUGGCUCUGAAUGAGGUCUUUGUCGGGGAGAAGGACAUCUCACACUCGUCCUACUACGAGAUCUCUCAUGAUGGGAGUCCGAGUGAGAGACAGAAAUCGUCUGGUCUAUUGGUAUACACCGGCUCUGGCUCCACCUCGUGGUUUGUAGUACCUUUACCGUUGUUUGAUGUGCAUUUGCCUUGCUCUGGUUCCACUUCGUUGGCAUACAACAUGAACAGAGUCAGCAGUGAAACAGUUCAGAAGUUGCUCCACAUUGCUGGUGAAAUUGCUUCUCUUCCAGCUGAGUUGUCCCAACCCCAGCUAGCACAAAAUGUGUCAGAAGUUUUCAACUAUUCCAAUGUGUUUGGAGGAGAGGAACAGACUAUGGCUUUCACAGUCAGAGAACCUAUCAUCAGAGGUAUAUUUGCAGUUGGAAGAACACACGGAUUUGCCAAAACUGUGAAAGUGGUGUCGAGAAGCUGGAAUGCCAAUCUGGUGGUGGACGGCCACUACUGCACAGAUUUCCCCAACGGCUCUACGGCCCUGCUGGAGCUCCAGGACUCCGACAGUCUCAGAACCCUCACUAGCUCCUCCCCUGACUCCUCCCCUCGGCUCCACCAACACUCUCCACACAGCUAGCUACUGUAGCUCUCUCUGCUUUAUUAUAUACAUACAUCACGAUGUCUAGCUGUGUUUGCUGUCUUACAGGAGACAUUGUUGGUUGAUUAGUGUUGCGUUCAUUGGUGUUUCAUAUAAUAAGUAGUGACUUUUGCAGUGUAUAUAGUUUUUUUCAUGUUGUUAUAAUCUAGCUGUCAA